AUGGCUUCUUCAUCGAAACCCAAACGGAAAUACCAUGUGUUCUUGAGUUUCAGGGGUGAGGACGUUCGAAACAACUUCCUCGGUCAUCUCUACAGAGCUCUUGAUCAGAAAGGAAUCUACACUUACGUUGAUAGCGAGGAGCUCAGGAAAGGAGAGCAAAUAGCACCGGCGCUUAUGAAGGCGAUCGAGGAAUCACAGAUCGCAAUAAUCAUUUUCUCCAAGGAUUAUGCUUCCUCGUGGUGGUGUUUGGAAGAGUUGGUGAAAAUCAUUGACGGUAAGAAAGAAAGAGAUCUCACGGUAUUUCCCUUGUUUUACAAAGUGGAACCCAGGGAAUUGAGAACGCCAAGAGGGAGCUACAGAGAUGCUAUGGUCAAGCAUGAGUCCAAGUACGGGAAGGAUUCAAAGGAAGUGAAAAGAUGGGAGAAAGCACUUUCCGAUGCUAGUUACUUGUCCGGAUGGCCCUUGAAAGAUGGGUAA